AUUCCAAUCAGUUGCUGUGCAGCAUGGCGUUGCUAAACCGCGGCAGGCUGUUCGGCAGCGACCCACUGCGCCACACAGCCGCCGCAAUGCCUGCUGCUGCCGAUGCUGUUGGGCAUGAUUAUGUGGACGCGGCCGACGACGAGCACGAGGCGGAUGCAAUCCUUCGCGGAGCUGCUGCCGCUGCCGCGCCUGCCGGCCCUGGUGAGGACCCGCCGGCGGCCGCAGCGGGAUCUGCCGCGCGACCAGGAAACUCCCCGCCCGGAUCCGCCAAGCAGGGCAAGGCGCGGACGCGGGUGCUAGAGGAACUGCUGUCCAGGGAGGAGGACGCCCGGCGGCAGCUGGUGCAGGAGCUGCAGCGCAUGCGCGCCUUCGUGUGGCGCUGGACGGCGCUGUGCGCGGUGCUGACCGUCGGCGGAGCGCUCAUGACACUUGUGGGCUGGCUGGCGGCAACUGUGGUACAACUGAACGCUCAGAUGCAGGUGCUGCAGCAGGGGCUGCAGUCGGUCAGUGACGCGCAGGCGCAGACCGCCGCGCGGCUGGCCAGCACUAGCCAGCAGCUGAUGGCGUAUCAGUACGAGGAGUACGACCGCCGAGGUGCGCGGCACCACGACGGCUGUGUCAUUUGCUGAUGGCAGCCCGGCAGUGUGCAUUGAGGCCCAUUUUGAUGGUUUAGUGCUGAUCGCUCGCAUGUUGCGAGCUGCCGCGUGCUGAUGCGCCUAUGGUGUGGCUACGCACGGCUGGCUCGUGACACGCAUGUGUUAACGCACUGCUAGCAUUCCAACAGGCAUGCAUGUGGAAAGUCGCGGGUCUUGACGAUGGAGGACGGAGAAACUCCCGCAGGCGCUAGCAUGCCCAUGUGUUGAGGCGCAAGGACGCCCAUGGUUUGCGAUGUGUGUUUAGCGACGGGAUGUGUUGCGCUACAUGAGCACCGGGUCGGAAUGGUUCGCCGCUAGUUAGUGCUUACAGGGUAGGCUGCUGAGUGUGCAGCGGGUGCACGGACUUUCGACGGUGUUGCCCAGUUGAUAGCUCAUAGCUGUUGAAUUGUCUAGGCCUCUAGGUGGGGCCAUCGGGUCCUCAAGGCCAUUCUCCACCAUAGGCACCGUACGUAAUUGAUGCCGGCAUGGCCGUGCCAAUGCCGUGCAAGUAGGCAGACCUCCGUCGCCAGCUGAAUGGCCGGCGGUGGGAUGCGGAAUUGGGGAGCCGUCUGUCGCCCCAGUCAAGUAGGAGGGUAGGAAAUCCGAAAAGUUGCCGGUGGCCUCUGGUUGUAAGGGUGAGCCGGG